CCCGCGAUGUCAAAGGUGGAAAAUUUGGAAAAUUGCGAAAGGAAACGGGAGACGAAAAAACUUUCAACCAGUUGUGAAAAAGUGAAAAUUAACCCGGAAAAGUGCCCCGAUUCGGACUGUGUCGCGUCGCAAACGGAAGCCCGCGUGCUUCUGCACCUGCGGAAAGUGGAUUCGUACGGCAAACGAUGGAAUCCAGCCGGAAAAGUGCAUUUUUCUUCGGUUCAUAAUACAGAGAGUGGGGGAGAAAAUCUGAGUGUUUCCUCCUGCAGCUGCCCUCCAUCAUCCAUAUUCCAAUCGUGCACCACACAGUUUGUUCAUUAUCGUCGUGUCUGGGAGGAAGGCAUCAGAGAAAAUAAAGUAGUGCAAGGCAUAACCAGUAAAAAUAACAAAAGCGCAGUGUUUGGGGCGAGUGGAUUAGUGUGAAGUUGUUUCUCAUUGACGGGUGAGUGCGGAAGUUUGGCUAUGAGUGGUUUUGGAUCGUCCAUCGGUACCGACUUGCACUUCCGGUCGCUUCCGUAUCUGGACAACAAGUGGGUGAAGGCGGAUGUCGGAACGGCUCUGCGAUGUUCGGAAGAUUUGGCCAAUUUGUGGAACCACUUGGUGCAGGAUGAGGAGGUGGUCACUUGCCGGCCGCAGACGUCGGUUAACGCCCAUGGGGAUGUGGCCUAUGCUCGGCCGGAUGGGAAAUACUACUGUGGCCAGCAGGUGCUAAAUUGCACCUGCUGCAAGGGAGUUUGCAGUGCGACGUCCAACUGUUGCUGCCCGGGCUGCCAGGUUUUGGAGGUAGAAGAGGGGCCAGUGAAGAAGUCGUCCGGAUCGGGGGCAAGUCCUCAGCAACAUCAGCAGCAGCAGAAUCAGAACAUGCACGAAGGGAGCUGUUCCGGGACUAUUCUGGAUUCAUGGCUGUGGAGUCCGAUACCAAGUAAGUCGAUAUUAUAUAUUACGCCUAUCACAAAAAUCAAUCAGAAGAAGUCAAACCCGCCCCUAAAUGUGAAUGCGCUUAGUCAUCCAAUUUCUUUUGAUAUUUCGUUCCAGAAAAAUCCCAGCUUCGACCGAGCUCCCAUGAAGGACUGCGACAAAGCCACGUUCGGAUUGGCCCGCGUCGGGACCCGUGCUGCCCUCAACUUCUCCUUUGCCUUUCUACGCCGAGCAUGGCGUUCGGGCGAGGACGUCGAACUGUGUUCCGAGCUGCUGCUGGAAGCCCUGGAAGCGCUGCAAACCCUACCGGAAGCAUCCCUAUUCGAUACGUCGCAAAUGUCCACCCUGUGGAUCGAGGUGGUGGAAAAGUCCAUCAAAUUCCUGCGGCAGGUUGUGCUUGGGGAUGUUAUGGGGGGUCGCUGCUUGGUUCCGAAGCCGGAUCGACAUAUUGCUCUGAACUUGCUGCUUGAACUUGGUGCCCAAAAGGGAACGCUUGGUGGAUCCCUAGAGGGUAUCUCCCUGCUGUUGACUCUGCACGAAAAAGAUCAGGAAAGCGAGGACAAUCGAAGCCCACCGCAGAACGCCGGAGCGCCGUUGGUGUCGCUCCUCAAACGGUACGAGCAGAUCGAGAGCUUCGGAUCGUACAGCGCAGUGGAUUCGUUUCACUUUGGACCAACGGAAUCGUUCCUUCGCUUCCUAACGCUGCCGGAAAACGAAACAACCAACGUGGAUCUCAAACAGGCUGCCGUUAUCAUCAUAAGUCAUCUGGACAGGUUGGCGAAACCGCACCUCCCGGCCGGAAAUUACUCGACCAAAGUCAGCAAGUCCAACUCCCAGCGGAUCUUCACCCUGGGCUGGAGUUCCUGUUCGCCGGAAAUGUAUGGAUUCACGUCCGAUGAGACGGCGACGUCGAAUGGGACGACGCAGCUGCUGGGAUCGGUUCCGAGGUACUCGGGCGCGACAAUCGAACUUCCAUCGACGCUACAGGUUCGUCAGGUGGCCUGUACUGAGAAUAGCAUCUAUAUCCUGACGACCGGUGGACAGGUUUUUUCGCUGCACUCGAACAGUUCGGAGAAUAGCGCCCCGAAGGCUUUCGAUGGGCUGGAAGGGGUUAAUGUGAUUCGGAUUGCAGCUCACUGCGAAGGAAGACACGUCUUGGUGCUCAGUUCGGCGAAUGAGGUGUGGUCCUGGGGUGCGGGAGAUGGUGGUCGAUUGGGACAUGGAGAUACGGUGUCUAAGGAUGUUCCGGCGAUGAUUGUAGGGUUGCAGGAUAAGCAGAUUUCUGGAAUCUACUGCGGGGCGUCGUAUAGUGCGGCGAUUACUAACGCUGGUGAAUUGUUUACGUGGGGACGGGGAACCUACGGCAGGUUGGGUCAUGGAAAUUCCGACGACAAGCUGGUUCCGACGCAAGUUCAAGCGCUGAAGUCCUACAAGGUGGUAGAUGUGGCGUUGGGAAGUGGAGAUGCUCAUUCCAUGUGCGUGACGGAUGGUGGAUUGCUGUUUGCGUGGGGAGACGGAGAUUUCGGGAAGCUUGGAAAUGGUUCCUGCAACGGAUCUCCCAUACCGGUGCAGGUCGAUACGCUGGUGAAUGUGGCAAGGAUAUAUUCCGGAUCGCAGUUCAGUGUAGCCCUGAGCUGUGAUGGAACCCUGUAUACUUGGGGGAAAGGACAUGGCGGACGUUUAGGUCAUGGUAAUUCGGAGCAUUCCAACGUUCCCAAGUUGGUCCGGGCGCUUGAGGGAAAGAAGAUUGCGGAUGUCGCUGUUGGAUCAGCUCAUUGUCUGGCACUGACGAGCAGCGGAGAGUUAUAUGGUUGGGGUCGGAACGACUACCAACAAAUCUGCCCCUCGGGGGUCUCUCGGGAUCCCAUCAUACAGAGCCCAAUUCUGACAACGCCACCCACCUUACGGAUAUCCGGAAUGACCUGUGGAGCUGCCCAGAGUAUCGUGUGGUGUCAUUCCUCAACACUUGGAGUAGCCUCCAAAAUCCCAUUCGUAGUAGAUCUCAGUGAACACACAUUCCGAAUGUUGGACCAACUGCUUUGUAUGGUCUGCAACAGCCCCGGGGACGUCCGCCACCCACCAAGUCAGGAAGCGGAAUGUAUUGCAGUUGCAUCUCUCAAUCUCUUACGUCUUCAGCUGCACGCCAUGAUCGUUAAUAACGUUUCAGCUCGACAAGUCGGCCUUGUCGAAGGAUCUCGUCUACUCGCUAGCUUAAAAUCGCGAAUUCUGAAUCUGGCCGGAGGCCCAGUUGUCCUAAAAACCAUGCAAGAAGCCGCCCAGUGGACCCUUCAGGUCGGAUGGUCCAUACUCCUGCCAACGGCUUCAGAACGUGCCCAAACGCUAACCUCGCUUCUCCCAGCCGGCCACGAUUCGGCCACCACAGCCAGCAACAGUUCCGGCCAUCGUUUCAUGACUGAUCUCCUCGUUGGUUCUCUAAUGGCCGAAGGAGGCCUACAAACCGCCCUAAACCAGGCAAUCAACGCUCAACGCUCGCAAGACUGCACCUCCACUGGAACCCAUCUGUCCCUGCUGCAUUUACUCAAACAGCUUCUAAGAAACAACUCCAGCCUAACGCAGGCCCGCCUCGGCCAACUCAUGCUGGGACCCUAUCUCAAGACUGAGGAAGGCUUUUCUUCCCCGGAACCACCCUCGCCUAGUCUGGAUUUGCUGCAUAAGUUCCAACGCCUGCUCCUGUCCUACAUCUACCGAUCAAAGGCAGACGAUCUCAGCGGGGCGGAGGCCCUCCUCGACACCUACAUCCAGCAGGUGGUCGGUGCUUGCGUUACCACCUUGAACAAAGCCCAUGAAACCAUCCUUCAAGGCAAGGACGGAGUAGCCGAAAUCCUCAAGAAUGACAUCUCAGACGCCCUUUUGUACGAGCUCCUGAUCGGACUUGUGCUGAUCCAAAAAGAGAAGUCCCUCUUCCUGUCAUCAUUCGACUGGAACAAGCACUUUAUCCCCCUGCUGCACGCCCUCGACAACUUCAACCGGCUGACCCACGAAGCAGAAGUGCACGACUCCGACGACAUGGGCUGGCCGGGCAUCAUCUGCCGUGGAACGGCCAAGGCCGCACCCCCACAGGAAGAAACCCUACUGAUCCGAAAAAGUGACAUCGAGAACCACUGUGCCGACGGUGGCCAUUGGGUCAUGAUCAACGGAAACGUCUACGACGUCAAAGACUACCAGGCGGAAAACGCAGCCACCCAGGAAAUCCUCCACUCCAACGCCGGCAAGGACAUUUCCCUGGAGAUCAGCAACCCUCAGCAUAGGACUGCGUUCGAGUUCAUCACGUCGUUCCUUCGGGUGGGACGAUUCGCCGUCAACGAGAUAGGUGGCGACAAGGAAACUCCCCGGCAAAUGACCACCCUGACCCAUUUCCACUCGGAGUGCAUGCUUGCGUAUCUGCUGGGGUUGCGUUGUAACAUUCUGCAGGCGGGAUCCGCACUUCAACCGGCGGAGAUCCAGUGUAAAAAUUUGCUGAAUUCAUCGAUUUUGAGCGGAGGUUUGCAGGUGCUUCAACCGAGCAAUCCUUUCGACGAGGAAAAAGGUGAAGCCCGCAGCAGUGGAUCAACCGCGGGAAGCACCCCAACAGACGCUUCCAGUCAAAUCCCUAUCGCCGAUGUGCCUCAAAUGGCGAACUGGCCUUCGGUUCUGAUCUCUCAUCGAGUGGAAACCAUGCUCUCAAAUUUGGGCGAAGGAAAGCUGACGGAUCCUCUGGUAGCUUCGUGGAUUGCCAUCUGUGAGCGGUACUGUAAAGAAAACCAUCUGAUAUGGCACCAGGAGUUCCCGCCGGAACAUCCCGUCAUGGAGCUGGAACGGCUGCUGAUGGGAGUGCUAAUCCGCCACCAGAAUCUCGGACCACUUGCGUUGGCCGUUGUCGAUCGAGAGCUCAGUGGUAAUUGUUCCAAACCUCCUGCGCCUAUUGUCAACAUCAUCAAAAUCGUGCACCAGACCAAAUGGGGAAUUGUCAAGAUGCGCCAACAGCUCAACCGAAGCUACAAGGAAGUCUGCGCUCCGAUGAUCGACAAAUGUCGAUUCCUGUUGUAUGAAAUCCGUCCGGCCAUCAGCCUAGAACAGCACGGUCUGACAAACCUGCAUAUUCUGCAUAAGCUGCCACGUUUCAAGGCCCUGGUACGGCGUAUUAUAGCCGAAAUGCGUGUGGCCAAGAAGCAACUGGCCUGCGCCAAACCAGAAGACAUCCUUAAUGUGACCAUCCAAAGCCAAUUCACCUCUUCAGUGACCAAAAUCCAAUCCCAAGAGAAUCUUAGCUGCAAGCACCUGUCUUCCACCGAGAAUCUGGUCAACGAGAGCCUCAUCAAGGUGGAAAGUUUAGAGAGUCUCACGACGGCAGCGGCUCGAGAUCGAUCUUCAUCGCCAGUGAUAUUGGCCGUUCAGAAGCAACAUACUGCGUCAGACGAGAAUCUUCUGAGUGUGGCCUCUGUAGACAACGGAGGCGGAGAUGCACCCGACAAGAAGAUCCCCAUCACCAGCGAAGAGAUAAAAACACCAACAAAUGAGCUGAUCGAUUACAACAACUCCAAGAUGAAGAACGCCGACGGCGGAGACGAGUUCAUCAACAACGUGAUCGCUAGUUUGAGCGAGAAGUGCCUGAUCGAGACGUAUCCGGCGGAGUUCAAGAACGGCAUCAGCCAGCAGAUCGUGGACUUCAUCUUGUACGAUCUGUGCGACGUUGAAACGCUUCGCCGAGCGAUGUACUGCCAGAUUCAGCGCUACCAAAUUCGAAAACAAGGUCUCGCCAUGCUCUAUGAACUGUUGAAGAUCGUCGGGCUGUUUGACGCCGCUCAGUACAACCUCUUCAACGGCUACUUAGGGUUGCACGUAUCCAAGGAAGAACCACAAAACGCGGAACACAUUCUCGAGAACCUGAACAUGAUCACGGCCUUCCAGAAGGCGGACAUUUUGAUCGCGCAGGCCAAGAUCAUCGAAUGGGCGGUCGCCGAGCUGCAGAAGUACGUCAACCAGGAGAAGAUCAACGGACGACAUCGCAACCACGGCGAGAAGGACAAUUCCAACCUGGGUACGUACGUGUUUCUGAAGAAGCUGCCGAGGGCGCGAUUCCUGCUAAGUAUCUUCGGAAUGCUGUCGCGAUCGUACGAAGCCAAUGAGCUGAGCUUGCUGAUCAACUCUGGCAUUUUGGGUAGUAUCAUGGGUUUGCUGAGACAGACCGGGGCCGAUCUACCGAACAGCAAAAACAAUACGGACAUUUCGGUGAUCUACGAGGAUGUGGUGACGAAUCUCAAAUCAUCCAAAGAGGGACUACCCGGACCAGAACUGGCCAAGCUGAUGAAGAUCGGUACGAGGAUCGCCCGCGGUGCCGAUUGGAAGUGGGGUGAACAGGAUGGUCCCGGCGGCGAAGGUCGGAUCAUUAGCGAAAUUGGAGAAGAUGGUUGGGUUCGCGUCGAAUGGGACAACGGCUCCACAAACUCGUACCGCAUGGGCAAGGAAGGCCAGUACGAUCUUCGAUUGGCGGACAGUGCUCUGAAGGCCCUCUCCCCGGACAAGGACAGUGAGAAGGAGGACUUCAUCGAUCACCACCUGUUUAGCGAGUCGCAUCCCACCAAGCUGUUGCGUAACGUUUGCAUCAAAACCCUACAGAUGAUCUUCUCUUCCGUUGGUAUUCAUGCCGAUCGCAUGCAGGAAAAUUCACUGAAAAGCGUUGCUUCCAUGUUCCGAUCGAUCCUAACCAAUCGGAUCACGAUCUACAACUUUGGAAUGGAGCAGUGGACCACAAUCGGAUUUUUGCGGGCCAUCUCCUCUUCGAAGGCCUUGUCAAAACACCUUACCUCACCGGUGUGGAUAGAUCUUGCGUUCGAAAUUCUCAAUUCCGCGAUCACAUGCAAGAAAGAUGUGUACAAGAAGCUGCAUUGUUUGAGGUUAUUACAAUCCACGUUGAUCAAUUGGACAAGCGAGGAGGCCGAUCGUGUCGAUGAUAUCAUAGUAAAACUGUUCGACGUUCUGGGAACGAUCAGUUUGUACUGUCCGAACGAUCUAUCGCUUUUGAACAAUUCUGCGGAUAUUAAGUCGCGAGUGCUGUACAGUGCAUCCCAUACGGGUACGAUCGCAGAGGAGAUCAUAGGUCUGAUCAGAAAGUUACAUACACUACCACUUUGGAACGAGAAUAUCAACUCGUUCAUUGCCCAGAAACUGUGUCUAGUUGCCGAUGUGCUUCUCGUCAGUGAACUUGAGAUCAACUUCGAAAGCGAGAAAGCCUCGAUCAUGGGAACCCUUUGCACGAUCGGCGGCUGCGAUUCAAGGCCUCGAUUGGGGCUCAACCUGACCCUGGAUGGAGUGCGCGGUACAAUCUCCCGUAUGACCAAAAAGGGGAAGGUCGUCAUGAAUGUCCACGCUCUGGCCGAGACCAAAAAGAUCCCGAUCUUCAAAGUUUCCGAGUGUGCAGAUAUUGGUGCGUUCAGUCUCUCCAAAUUGACGAUCAACGAGAUGUUGCUGAACUCCUGGGCCGUUCUGUUCUACGGGAUCGGUCAAACCCCAAUGAACAUAACCAACAACAUCAGCUCUCAGCUUCUCCAGACCCAGCAGAUAAACUUCUCUGCCUUGAAAGCUACCAAAGUUCUGUUUCGUCAUCAGAAUCUCCUCCGAAAGAUUCUUCGCCAAAGAUCCCCGGGUGUGACCCGCAGCUCAUCCAAGGAUAGCUUAUCCGAUCGCGACACCAGCCCAGAAGAAGGCAAACCGCGCAGCGAAUCCAACACUUCCGACGAGUCACAAACCUACACUGAACUCUUGAUCCAAACGAUCCUACUCCGGGCUACCCAACCGAGCCCACUCAAAGCGUGCUACUCAUUCAUGGAGAUGGAACUGGCCGCCCUCAACAUUUCCCAGAUGCUAGCAAGUCACGUUCACAACGAGCUAAACGCUCCUUCCAACUCCAACAAGCGGUCGUUCCCGAUCAGUCAACCGACGAUGAUCCACGGUGUUCCGAUCUACAACAACGAAUCGGCCCUGGAGGACGGCGGCCAAACCCCGUCCGGGGCGGAAGCCGUUGCCGGAGCGUGUUCCGUGGGAACGAAUCGAGGAACAGCGAGGCGUAGUCCUCCAAGUGCCCUGGUUGCGCAGAUCAUGGAGAUGGGAUUCACUCGGAAAUCGGUGGAGACCGCGAUCAAAAGUUUGACGUUGCAUACCAACAACAAACCAACGGCCGAACAGGUAGUUCAGUGGAUUCUGGAACAUCCGGACGUGACGGCGAACCUGGGAGGAAAAGGUGAUGAUAACGAUGCCUACAGCGACACGGAAAGUGCCAGUUCGGAUACGAUGGACGGAGGAUCGUCACUGCACGAUUCGCAGCAAGUCCCGUUCAAGAUGCGUGAGGACUUCAAAUCGGCUGACCAGUAUGCUAUGUACGUGAGGGGGUUGAUUUGUCCGGGGAUGUUGGUUCGUUGCUGUCAGGACUUUGAAGAGAUUCGUAAGGGAGAUAUCGGAACCGUAUUGAAGGUGGAACCGGAAGGGCUGCAUGAUCUGAACGUCCGGGUUGAUUGGCAAAUGCAUGACCGACCGUACUGGAUGUGCUUUGUCCAUUUGGAAUUGCUGGAAGCUCCACCUUCCGAAAACAGCACAACGAUCAGUGUUGGUUCGCAGGUUAGGAUUCGAAAUACGCAGCACUUCCGAUAUCGAUUGAACACGAUUCCGCGAGGCAGUAUUGGAACGGUAACCUCCGUGAAUGGAAGCGAAGUUACGGUCGAGUUCCCACAGCAAACUCUCUGGAAUGGACAUUUGAACGAGCUGGAGCUGAUCUCCAAUCCGCUUAAUGCCAUGAAUUCCGGAUUGGGUGGUGUCUUCGAUAUCAUCGAUGACUGGUCCCGAUGUAUCCGGUCUUUGACGGUUUCCUCCAAUGAAUCCUCGGCUAAACAUCUGUUAGACAGAGGUGCCAACUUCUGGCAAAGUUCGUCUACCCAAGGUAAGCACUGGAUUCGACUGGAAAUCCACGAUCAAGUGUUUAUUCAAACCCUAUCGAUCAACGUCGAUCCGGAUGAUUACUCGCACAUGCCCUCGUUGGUGGUGAUCAAGGGCGGAGACUCCGUGGCCACUCUCAAGGAACUCCAUUGGGUUUCUAUCAAUCCGACGGAUGUGGUAGUCCCGCUGUUGAACGACUGCAAACAAUACUACGCCUGGAUCGAGAUCCUGAUCAAGCAAUGCCGCAACAACGGUAUCCAAUGCAAAGUGCACGGGAUCAACAUAAUCGGCAAGCGGAAGCAAACGGACCUGGAGAUGAUGCUGCAGAAUGCUUCCUUCCUUGCGACGGAGAACGAAACGGCGGCCGAACCAACCUAUUCGACUUCCUCGAACUACGCAGAUGAUCAAUCCAUGAAUGAAAUAUCUUCCAAGGUCUUGGUUUGGGGCUUGAACGAUAAAGAGCAGCUGGGAGGUCUCAAGGGCUCCAAAGUGAAACUUCCGACGUAUUCCUCGGUGCUAAGUCAACUCAAGCCAAUUCACAUUGCCGGUGGAUCUAAAUCCCUAUUUAUAGUGUCCCAGGAUGGGAAAUUGUACGCCUGUGGAGAAGGAACCAAUGGACGGCUAGGAUUAGGUCAUAACAACAAUGUCCCCACACCGAGACAGGUUCCCAUCUUGAAUCAGUAUGUCGUCAAAAAGGUGGCAGUCCAUUCUGGAGGGAAACACGCUAUGGCGUUAACGCUGGAUGGAAAGGUGUUCUCCUGGGGCGAAGGAGAGGACGGAAAGCUCGGUCAUGGUAAUCGACUGACCCUGGAAAAGCCGAAGUUGAUUGAAAGUCUUCGCACCAAGAGAGUGCGUGACAUUGCUUGCGGGUCGAGUCACAGUGCGGCGAUCACUAGUUCAGGAGAGCUGUACACGUGGGGCUUGGGAGAAUACGGUCGACUAGGACACGGAGAUAACUGUACCCAGCUGAAGCCUAAGCUUGUGGCAACUCUCCAAGGACAUCGUGUAGUUCAGGUAGCAUGCGGAAGUCGCGAUGCGCAGACCCUAUGUUUAACGGAAGAAGGUCUGGUGUUCUCCUGGGGAGACGGUGACUUUGGUAAACUGGGACGCGGCGGAUCCGAGGGAUGUUCUGUGCCACAUCAGGUCGAACGUUUGAACAGCGUAGGGGUGAUGCAGAUCGAGUGCGGAGCUCAAUUCAGCUUGGCCUUGACCAAGUCCGGCGAAGUGUGGACUUGGGGUAAAGGCGACUAUUACCGACUGGGACACGGAACUGACCAACACGUGAGGAAGCCAACUCCUAUUCAAGGACUCCGUGGUAAGAAAGUCAUCCACGUUGCGGUAGGAGCCUUGCAUUGCCUGGCAGUAACUGACAGCGGACAGGUGUACGCGUGGGGAGAUAAUGACCACGGUCAACAAGGUUCCGGAAAUACAGUUGUCAACAAGAAACCAAAUCUUGUGCUGGGAUUGGACGGAGUGUUCGUUAACCGCGUUGCAUGCGGAAGCUCCCAUUCGGUUGCGUGGAGUUUACCUCAAAAUCCGUCGGAGAAGGACAAGAAAGAACCAGUACCGUUUGCCGUUAGUAAAGAUCCUUUGGGUAGCCAUAGCUUGGGAAUCCAUGCUUCCGAUACGGAACCCACAACUGCUCAUCCCCAGGUUGGAACCGUGAACACCAAACAACAGCGGCCUUCACUCUCCGAAAGUGUUCUAUCCCUGGAAACCUACGGCGCUCGACAAGCUGCCUUGUCCCACAUUCUGAACGCCAUGAGUAUUCUACAGGCGAGGUCGUGUAUCAUCGCUGCCUUGACUUGCCACUCGCAACUAACUGUGCAUGACAAAACCCUAGGCGCAUUGAACGAGACUCGUCCCAUGACCCCAAUCUCGGAGAAUGACCUGAUCGAGACCAAAACGGAUACAGUGGUGGCAAACCUGCAAAAUGAAGUGAUCGCUCAUGGUGGAGGUGAAGGACCAGCUGAUGCUUCUGGAUUAACCACUAACGAUAUCAAUGACGGCGAUAUCCCCAUUGUAUCCGGCAUGAACAAUACUUUGAACGCUUAUCGUAGUCUUACGGGAUCGUUGUCACUCUCAGCGUCGAUAUCCAGCUGUAACGCAACACAACGACAUUCCAAGAUGUCCGCAAGUGCUAUGUCCGUCAUGGCAGCCACCAUGACCCAUAAUGAGAUGAUGAAUGAAGCUCCGAUCAUCAGCGGCCUGGAUGAUUUUACCGCACUGCUCGGCGAAUCGGAAGCCAAGCAUCUGAUCGAGCUGCUCAAGUUGAGCGUUUCGGGUCGAACGGGUCCGGCUAACACUUCGGAAACAAUUGCCAAUACGUUGAUCGCACUGGCCAAGGGUAGCACGACGAUCGCCAACAUGUUGAUCGAAACGUGUAUUACGGAGCUGGAGGAUCUGUGUACUUCGCGGCAUUCGCUUGGUAAACUGCCGAAGGCGGUCGUUCAGGAGACUAGUCAUCCGUAUAUUGACGAUAUAACGCUAGUUGGUCAUGUGAAAAUUCCUGGUGCAGAAGCCUUACGAAUUGAGUUCGACAGUCAGUGUUCAACAGAACGUCGCAAUGAUCCGUUGAUCAUCAUCGACGGUACGGGUCGGGUCGUAGCUACGCGUUCUGGUCGUGAGUGGGCUCAGUGGGCGCCGGAAAUCCGAAUUGCUGGGGAUGAAAUGCGGUGGAAGUUUACCAGUGACAAUUCCGUAAAUGGGUGGGGUUGGAGAUUCUACGUCCACGCGAUCAUGCCGGAGUCCUAUCUACAAGAACUAGGGUCAGACCGAACUGUGCUGUCACAGCCAUCGAUUGCAAUGGUUAUGGCUUUGCUGGAAUCUUCCCUUGUUCCCCACCAUAGCAAUACCUUGAUAAGAUUAACAGCGGCCUUAUCUCAGUGUGCUCAGCUCAGUUCCUUAACCAUUGCUCAAAGAAUUUGGGCAUUGAAAAAGAUGCAUCAAUACCUAACAUCCAGGGAUGCUCCUCGUGCUCUAGAACCAUCUGUUGUGGAGAUUCUCAGCCCGUUGAUUCCGAUAAUCCUUAGGCAAUACGAAUACGAAGAGCCGCAGGUCCGUACAGGACUUCACCUGAUGCACUCCGAGUAUUUCAAAACCUUGGUAGCCUUGGCAUGCGAUAUGCAACUAGACUCGCUUCUACCGCACGGCGAUGCCCACAAGUGGGCGUGGUUCCGACGGUACUGCUCAGCUGUUCGUGUAGCCCAAUCGCUGAUCCGCCGUGUGACCUUACCGCCGACUUUCACACUCGAAGUACGCAAGAAGCUCUUGGAAAUCGCUUCACCUGCGACAAACCCCUCGAAUCUACCGAACACUGGAGCAAACAGUCUCACCAGUAGUAACUGCUCCCUUAUCCAACACACCAACAGCGGGUCGAAUCUCAGCCAACAAGGGUUCGACUUGAACAGCAGCUCCGCACCAGGAAGCGAAAUCGAAUCGAUCGAUACCUCUAAGUAUCUCCACGAAGAUCACAACUACUUCACGCCGCAGUACGAUUCGCAGUUGCUGCAGUGGUUCAAUCGGCGACCGGAGGAUUGGGCGUUCUCUUGGGGUGGGGCAAGUACCAUCUUCGGAUGGGGUCACAAUCACCGCGGACAGCUGGGAGGCUUGGACGGAAGCCGGAUCAAGAUGCCGACCCCUUGUGAAGCGUUGAGUCUACUGAGGCCCAUUCAGAUCGCCGGAGGUGAACAGACGUUGUAUGCCGUGACACCGGAUGGAAAGUUGUAUGCUACGGGUUAUGGAGCUGGUGGCAGGUUGGGAAUAGGUGGAACAGAUUCAGUGUCCGCUCCGACCUUGGUGGAGUCGUUACAGCAUGUGAUCAUCAAAAAAGUGGCGGUGAACUCUGGAGGAAAGCAUUGCUUGGCGUUGUCAUCGGAUGGUGAGGUGUUUUCGUGGGGAGAAGGUGAAGAUGGUAAACUAGGCCAUGGGAACCGGGAUAGCUAUGAUCGACCGAAGUUGAUAGAGGCAUUGUCUGGAAUUGGAGUUAUAGACAUCGCAUGCGGAAGUGCUCAUUCAGCUUGUAUAACAUCACAGGGACAUGUUCUGACAUGGGGCAAAGGAAGAUAUGGUCGGUUGGGUCAUGGAGAUUCCGAAGACCAAUUACAGCCGAAAUUGGUCGAGGCGUUGUUGGGUUAUCGAGCGAUCGACAUUGCUUGCGGUUCAGGAGAUGCCCAGACCUUGUGCAUUACGGACGACGACAAUGUGUGGAGUUGGGGCGAUGGAGACUACGGAAAGCUGGGACGAGGUGGAUCGGAUGGUUGCAAAAUCCCUAUGAAGAUCGAGAGCUUAGCAGGUUUGGGAGUUAUCAAGGUCGAAUGUGGAUCGCAGUUCUCAGUAGCCUUGACACGAUCAGGAAGUGUUUACACCUGGGGAAAGGGUGACUACCAUCGUCUGGGUCACGGCAAUACGGAUCACGUUCGUCGUCCAAAGAAGGUAGCCGCUCUACAGGGCAAGAAGAUCAUAUCGAUCGCAACGGGAUCGUUGCACUGCGUAGCUUGCAGCGAUUCGGGAGAAGUGUUCACUUGGGGUGACAAUGAUGAAGGACAGCUUGGGGAUGGCACGGUAACAGCGAUACAACGACCAAGGCUGGUACAGUCUUUGCAGGGUAAACAUAUUGUAAAGGUCAUUUGUGGAUCCGCCCAUACACUAGCGCUGUCGACAUAUCAAUUGAGUGAAGCCGUCCGACCACCACCAUCCCCUCCGCUGGAGUAUGACCUUGUCCGGGACAUUUCUCCGGAGGUUCUUCAUGCUCGGUUAGUACUGUUACACCAUUUCUCCGAACUAGUCUGCCCCUGUUUGGCUAUGCUUCCGAUUAGCGGCGAGCUCUCUUUAGGUGCUUUGAAGGACAUUUUGGUAUACUCGAUCAAGGAAGCUGGCUUCCGGAAAGUAAUCCAAACGACCAUGGUUCGUGACAAACCCCACGGACCGGUGAUCGAGCUCAACAGAAUACAGGUUAAACGAUCGCGGAUGCGAUCUGGCAACGGGUUAGCUGGAGUGGAUGGAAUGAAGAGCGUAUUUGGACAGAUGGUGCAAAAAUUACCCCUGUUGACCCAGGAGGCCCUCUCGAUGCCGCAUCGGGUGUGGAAGGUGAAGUUUGUGGGCGAAAGCGUGGAUGAUUGUGGUGGAGGAUUUAGCGAGUCUAUCGCGGAAAUGUGCGACGAGUUGCAGAACGGUAGCGUUCCGCUGCUGAUUCAGACUCCGAACGGACGCGGAGAAGCCGGUGCCAAUCGGGAUUGUUUCCUGCUGGAUCCGACGUUGAACUCGGUGCUACACAUGAACAUGUUCCGAUUCUUGGGAGUGCUGAUGGGAAUCGCUGUGCGAACGGGAUCACCUUUGAGUUUGAACUUGGCUGAACCCGUUUGGCGGCAACUUUGCGGAGAAGUGCUUCGUCCGUCCGAUCUGACGGAGGUGGAUCGUGAUUACAUUACUGGACUGCUUUACAUUCGGGACAUUGAAGACGAUCCGAAGGUGUUUGCUUCGAUGGAGCUUCCGUUUUCAACGCCGUCGGCCAAAGGCCAUGAAGUUCCCUUAUCAACAAGGUUUACCAAAAUCACCCCGGACAACCGUAGCGAGUAUGUCAAACUAGCCCUCAAGUAUCGCAUCCACGAGUUCGAUGAGCAGGUCAAAGCCGUCCGGGACGGCAUGUCCAAAGUGAUACCGGUGCCGCUACUUUCGCUGUUCUCGGCCUCUGAACUACAGGCCAUGGUUUGUGGUUCACCGGACAUUCCCCUGUGUUUACUGAAGACUGUUGCCACCUACAAGGGCGUGGAAUCGACGGCACCCCUGGUGCAGUGGUUCUGGGAAGUAAUGGAAGAAUUUACCAAUCAGGAACGGUCGCUAUUUCUGCGGUUCGUAUGGGGCCGAACGCGACUUCCGAGAACGAUUGCAGACUUCCGAGGGCGAGACUUUGUCCUGCAGGUGUUGGAUAAGUACAAUCCGGCGGAUCAUUUCCUGCCGGAGAGCUACACCUGCUUCUUCCUGCUCAAGAUGCCCAGGUAUUCGUGUAAGGCUGUUCUACAAGAAAAGCUAAAAUAUGCCAUCUACUUCUGCAAAAGUAUUGAUACGGACGAGUAUGCUCGGGUGGCGAUGGGUGACCCUACGGAAGCCACCGGCAGCGAAGAUAAUAGCGAAAUAGAAUCGAUUGCUUAAACCACUUAACUCGUGUGCCUCUGCGAGCUUAUAGGACUGAUCACUAUACAACAUAAUUCUAACGAGCGAACCCUGGGAAAGAAAGGGCAGCUCAGCGUGAACGAAACGUUCUAGGAGCAAACCAAAAAGACAUCCUCUCCGACAUUCUUCGCCAUUUUGAUUAUCAGCAGCAAUCUAGAAUUUACCAAUGGGUAUGUGAAUCCACCAAAAUGCAAAGCGUGUAGCACGAUAUGUACUAGUAACAUGUAUGAAAUGCAUUUAACUUAACUAGACU